AUGCAGCGCGAAAUCAGGAAAACGGAGGAGAUCCCGGGCACAAAGGAUCUUAUGCAGGAGUUGUGGUUUGAGCACUAUUGGGCCUCGCAGACAGAGCUGAUUAAAUCUUCGAUUGGACGUGAUCUCCUGCAAGCCGAGGCCUCCAAAGGAGUUAGCGAGCCCUUGCCUGAAGACCACGCUUUCAAUUAUUCCUGA